AUUUGUGACCUGGAUGGGCCCCGUCAUGCCCCUUGUCACUCUCUGCCACCCCGACAUGGUCCGGACUGUCCUCAGUGCCUCAGCUGCCAUUGCACCCAAGGACAUGAUCCUCUCCAGAUUCCUGAAGCCCUGGCUGGGGGAUGGGCUCCUGCUGAGUGGUGGUGACAAGUGGAGCAGGCACCGCCGCAUGCUGACACCCGCCUUCCACUUCAACAUCCUGAAGUCCUACGUGAGGAUUUUCAAUGACAGUGUGAACAUCAUGCAUGCCAAGUGGAAGCGCCUGGUCUCGGAGGGCAGUGCCCAUCUAGACAUGUUUGAGCACAUCAGCCUCAUGACCCUCGACAGUCUGCAAAAAUGUGUCUUCAGUUUCGACAGCAACUGCCAGGAGAAGCCUAGUGAAUACAUUUCUGCUGUCUUGGAACUCAGUGCCCUUGUGACAAAGCGGAGUGAGCAGCUCUUCCUGCACAUGGACUCCCUGUACCACCUCACCUCUGAGGGACAGCGCUUCCGUAGGGUCUGCCGCCUGGUGCACGACUUCACAGAUUCCAUCAUCCAGGAGCGGCGCCGCACCCUCCACGAUCAGGGUCUUGAUGACCUCCUCAAGGCCAAGGCUAAGGUCAAGACUUUGGACUUCAUCGAUGUGCUCCUGCUGGCCAAGGAUGAAGAUGGGAAGGAACUGUCAGAUGAGGACAUCCGAGCUGAAGCUGACACCUUUAUGUUUGGGGGACAUGACACCACAGCCAGCGGCCUCUCCUGGGUCCUGUACAACCUCGCGAGGCACCCGGAGCACCAGGAGCGGUGCCGGCAGGAGGUGCGAGAGCUCCUGAGGGACCGCGAGCCUAAAGAGAUUGAGUGGUGAGUGCAGGUGCACAUGGUCUGUUCCUGAAACCCUCUGCUGGCUCUGCUCCCCAGCUGGGAGUGGGAAGGUCGCUUCAUGGAUUCUGUCAUUUUUGCUUAGUGGGAAUAGGAGCAGAGCCCAGAGGUGGGGUCAGGUACCUAGCCGGGAUCACAGGGGAAAUGUUACAGCCUUCUGGCUUGGAGAUCUGGGCGGCUGAGAGAAUUAGUGCAAUGUGUGAGGGCAGAUCAU